UCAUUACUUAGACAUGUUCUUGGCCUGGCCACAAUUGGCUCAACAUAACCAGGAGUCGUAUAAUUGCACUUCCUCGGGAUAAACCCUCGUGCAAGUCAUCCUCCUUAAACAUCAAAAUAUCACCCUGGGAAGUUUAUUUCCUCCAAUUGUAAAUCCAAAUACAACCACAAUAUCACAUCAUGUCAAAACACCUGAUCGAACAACCAUGAAGUCAUAUUAACAGUUAAGCCACAAAUGGCAACAUGUAUGCAAUCAUCAACAUAAACACGGUCCAUAUCGAUUAAGGCAAGUCAAUAAUAUCAUACAGCAGUUCAGGAUUCAACAUAUAGCACAAAAGUUCAUACAUCCCUAAUCAUGUCAUUCUAGUUCACCUUGGUCAAUUCUAAGCAUUAAUAUAAUUAUCGUGAUACGACAAACCCGGUAUGUCGUGCUAAUCCCUCCCCAGUUCUAGUCGUUCAAACACCGGUUUUUGUCUCCCGUACUAAAAUGUCAAUUUCACGAACGAACCCCAAAUUAAAAUUCGAGACCGUCCUAAUAUCCCUUGCAGUAUCCCCGUCAAUAUUAGUUCUAGGCUCCGGGUCAAAUUCUUGAUAAAAACACCUCUUCAGCGAUCCCGGCUCGGACCUAAAUAAUAGCCAAAAUUCAUGGAUUAAAACUAGAGGAUUGAUUACCUCGCUGUAGGAAGCUCGUAUAUGAAAUUUGGGCUCAAUCCGGCUUCCGGACACUCCGAAACCCUAAUUUGACUUAUCGGGAAUUCAAGAAAUUCCUAAACCAAAAACUCGUUUUAAAGCUCUAAAUCGAUAAUCACGAUGUAUAGAUGAAUUAGGCAUUACUUACGGGAUUUUUGGAUCACUAGGGCUCAAGAAUUUGAGCUUUGGAAUUUUUGCCGAGCUCCCCUGUUCCUGCUCUGCUCGCUCUGGUUUGGAGAAAAUGGAAAUGCAAACGCAUGAUGGGGAAAAAUAAAUGGACACGGGGAGAAUAUAUGUGCGGUCACGACCGCUAAUUGUUUUUUUUUAUAUUGAUUAUAUAAUUAAUACGUAUACUUAUCCGAUCGAUCGAUAAUCCGAUUUUCGUCGAAAUACUAUCAAAAUGCUCGAUUUUAAAUCGCGAACUUUCUAGCGAUCUAAAUAUGGGAUUUGUCGGAACGGGAUGUUACACGUGCUAUGCCGGCCGGUCGGAUCGGGUAUACAAGAAAUCGGAGACUGGCUGGAACGGUGGAGUCACAGUCCCCAAAAUUCCACACCGAUCGAUUUUUUUAUGUCAAACUGUGAAAUAGCCGUCGAUUUUGGUAUGUCCGGUUAGUGAAGCAUACUGGAAAAAAAUAUAACUAGUUCCGAAACGAUGCGGUAUUGUCCUUUGCCCAAAGAGGCCUGAUUCGAUUUCUUGGAGACAGAGGAACGAGUAAAUCGACAAAAUAACAUGGAGGAAGGAAUGAAGCAACGAAGAAAGAGGAGAUGAACCUAGAUCGAUGCUUUUUGUGGUCGAUUUGGUGGGCCUGGUUCUAUUUCUCAUCGAUGGUGUAAGACAGUUGGAGGAGUAAAUCGAGAGAAGAGGCAGAACAGGGAGGAGUAAAUCGAGCGAGGAAGGAGAAGAAGAAGAAGGUUUUGUUCUUCCUCUGUUGUUUUUUAUAGAUAUGCAAAAAAAAAAAAACAGAUAGAGGAUGUAAGGUUGGGACUUGGUCUGGGGUUUUCUUUCUUGGUAUAUUGUUUAUUUAUUGCCAAAUGAGAGAGGAAGGAGCGAACGAGGUGAAGAGGCGCCUAGGGUUCAUUGCUUGCUUUCCCUCUCACACUAUCCUUAUAGAGAAAUUUUACAAUACUAUAUAGUAUUGGUGCUAUAGGUUUUUGUCUUUAUGGUACAACUUAAAAUUGUACAUUUACGUUAUGGUACAACUUCAGAUUAUACCUAUACUUUUUGUACAAAUUCUUUUAUGGUACAACUUGAACUUGUACCUUUAUGUGAUGGUACAAUUUCAAGUUGUAAAGUUGUACCAUAACAUAAUGGUACAAAUUGCUUUAUGGUACAACCUAAACUUAUACAUUUAAUGUUAUGGUACAACUUUGAGUUGUACAUUAAAGCACCAAUGCUAUAUAGCAUAGUAGAAGUGGUCUUCCUUAUAUUGUAUUUUCAAAAAUAACCAAAUGACCUACUUGUUUCUAUCAUAAUUACCCCUUACCACCGUGAUUUUGUAAAAAUACUACAAUGACCCUUUAUUGAGUCAGCUAAAAAACGAAAAACUAAAAUUGGAUUCACUCGAAACCUCAAACCUGGUCAAUAUUCGCAACCAACUAAGACAAUGCUACUUGUCAUGGUAACAUUUUCAUCUAACUAUUUUUUUUAUUCUUUUUGAUAUGUCAACAAAUUAUUCUCGACUGAGUUAAACGUGAAUGAAUUAUUAAGUUAUGGAUUUAGUUAUAAAAAUAAAAUUGCAUGAUGAUUCAACAAAAAAAAAAAAUUUGCAUGAUGAUGUAAUUAGUUAGAUGUUGUAUGAUAAUUGUCCAAUUCACGGUUGGUUUAUUUUUUAUUCUGUGAUUAUUUACUAUUUAAUUAUUUGUUUUCUAGUAGUAUUCCAGUAUAGUUCGGGCAUUACUUUGGUACGGUAUUUUAAUGAAAAUAUUUAUUUUUUAUUACAAAACGGUAUUUUACCGAUAUGAAACGGUUGAACCACGAUCGUAUCACAAAAGACCUUACCAUAAACUUGUCCGAUAUGAUCUCCGGUACGAUUUCCUAAACCAUGGUUUUCACAAGGCCAGAUUUCCAUCAGUUAAGCUCAAACAACGGACAAGAAAAUCGGGGCAUGAAACUUAGGUGUUCAAUAGAUUGAGUUGGUUUCAAUUCCAAAAGAGUAUGAGACUAGACAUUUUAUAACACUUGAUGGCCAUCUCAAUUCAAACAAACAAUCAUAUCAGGCAUAAAUACGCCAUCAUACACUUUAAUACAUGCAAUCAUUCAUCAAUUAACUCAUUUGUCGCCUAAUUUGAUCAUUACAUGCAAAAGUAUCAAUUCUCCUCACCCAAUAACCCUAGAAUUUUCCCAAACUGACAAGGACAAAGUAAAAGACAUCCAUAGAGACUCAAGUAGGGACCAAUGUAGUCAAAAGCUGGAUUUAAAGCCUAAAAGUCUAUAUUUUUACGCUUUGAAACUCCCAUAUAUUGUAACUUUUGUUCAAAAAGCUUUUUUGCACCAAAAUCCCAAGUAAAAGCCUUCAAAGAUAGUAAAAUCCUUAACAGCUAGCUUUCAAAUCGCUUUUCUUCGCUUUUAAUAUCCGAGUAUGAGGACCAUAUUGGGUCGUGUUUGGUUCAAUCAUUUGCCCAAAAGAGAAAAAUUAUGUAGUUUUAUUUGUUUUCUAGUAGGAAUAUAUUUCAGUCUUUGCUUGUACAAAUUCCACAUCCCUAAUUCUUUGCCACUUCUACUCCAUUCUCGUCUUUUCUCUACCUCCAAAACCAGCACAUGCCACAUCCAAAAUCCAUUUUCCAGCGCCUUUUCCCUCAGUUUCCUGCCACGUGCGUCCAACUUCCUCUCAAAUGGCUCCCAUUGCUGCUACAACUUGGUUAUCGUCACUCAAUGCAUCAACGUACCCAUCCCUGCAACUCUCACCCCACCCCUAUGACUAUGUUAUCAUUGAAGCUCAUCUCCUUCAGCCUCUCAUUUGCCGCCACUUUCACUUGUUGGUGAAGUUUGCCGAUAGCCCUUCCAGCUUCAUCAUUUGUUGUUUGGUUUUCUCUUCUUAUAUUUUUUCAGAAAGUAGGGAAGGUGGUGAAUGCUUGUUUCAAAUCCUAUUAAUUUAGUUUAUGUGUGUUAGAAUAAUUUGUUAAAUAUGAGUAGGUUCACUUAUUUUUUUCAUAUUUUGCAGAAUACAAGUUAUGGUUAGAAUAUUCUAUCAAAUUAUAGGAUGUGUAAAAGCGUAAGGUUUUCUCUUUCACUUUUACCUAGAAUCUAGAGUUUGAAUGCAUUGGUUGGGGCAUAGGGGAAGGUGAGAAUAAGGUGAGGGAGUUGAAAAUCGACCAAAAAGUUUACCAGAGGGGGGUCGCAGGAGUCUUGCUAGAGCCUCGCCGCUGAAGAAAAGAGUACGUCGAUCGCCACCAAUGUUCUGGCGAACGGGCGCCUAGAUGAGAAAAGACUGGGUUUGUGGUUGUAGAGUUGGACAACUGAAAGUCUAUAAAAUCGUCGAAGGGGAAGUUUUCUGCUGAAGAUCUAGAGAAUUAUGUCGGCUGGAUGAUGUCACGACCGUGAGAUGUUCAAGGCCUUGCAUACUCGCCCGAUGGUGGUUCUCAAGAUUUCGGUGUAAAGUCACAGUCAGGCCUUGAGAUCGAAUGAAAUCGUGAGUUCGACACAAAAACGGUGAGUUUUUGGUUAAUUCUCACGACUAUUUAAAUUGUCAUGGUUUUGGUUGUGAGAAUCACACUCAAAGUUUCAGCCGAAACGAAGGAAAGAACCUACGACGGAUCUAACCGUUGUCGGGCCGCUAUCGCCACAAACUCAUCAAGUGCGACCAAAUUCAUUGGAGAUGUUACUAGAAGGCCAAACCACCCAGACCCAUGAACAGAUCAAUCGUGGCUCUGACCGCCGCUGAUCUAAUCCCCAUAGAAGCUUUUUACUUCGUCCCCAAAUCAAAGAAUCCGAGUUCGAGUUGCAUAGUAAUGCUUAGAACCAAAUUCAAAAAGGAAAGAGUCGAAGAAAACCUAUUUUUAUUGAUAAAAGAUUAAAAUUGCCAUGAAGUCCACGGGCAAGUGGCCAUGCAGGAGAAUGGGCUUGGCCCAAGAUGAUGAUGGCUUUUAGUUGGCUUCCGAUGAAGAACGAUGGGCUUGGCCCAGCAUGUUUCGUUCUCCCGUGAAUUUUGUGGCGUAAAUAAAUAUAAACUAAUAUAAAACCCUAAGACUAAGAGCAGAGCAGUAGGGUUUUUUUCUUUCCCACCUCCAUCGUCUUCCGCUGGAGCUAAGGAUCAGAAAGCAAACCCCCAUACACUAAAUCUCUGCCAGCCGCCGUCGUCUGGUCGAACUUCCACCAUGGCUCGAGGACUGAAGAAGCAUUUGAAGAGGCUCAAUGCUCCCAAGCAUUGGAUGCUCGACAAGCUUGGCGGCGCUUUUGCUCCGAAGCCGUCGUCUGGACCUCACAAGUCGAGGGAGUGCCUGCCGCUGGUUCUGAUUCUCCGAAAUCGUCUUAAGUAUGCACUUACUGGCAGUGAGGUGAAGGCUAUUCUGAUGCAGCGUCAUGUUAUGGUGGAUCACAAAGUUCGGACUGACAAGACUUUCCCUGCUGGUUUUAUGGAUGUUGUUUCGAUCCCCAAGACCAAUGAGAACUUCCGAUUGCUUUAUGACACUAAGGGUCGCUUCCGUCUUCACUCCAUCCGGGACGAGGAGUCAAAGUUCAAGCUCUGCAAGGUGAGAACUAUUCAGUUUGGGCAGAAAGGAAUCCCCUACCUGAACACCUUUGAUGGGCGAACCAUCCGCUACCCUGAUCCGCUCAUCAAGCCGAACGACACCAUCAAGCUCGAUCUGGAGAGCAGCAAAAUCGUGGAUUUCAUCAAAUUUGAUGUUGGCAACGUCGUCAUGGUCACCGGAGGAAGGAACAGAGGGCGUGUGGGUAUCAUCAAGAACCGUGAGAAACAUAAGGGUAGCUUUGAAACCGUCCAUAUCCAGGACUCGAUGGGACACGAGUUUGCUACUCGCUUGGGCAACGUGUUUAUGAUCGGUAAGGGAACCAAGCCUUGGGUGUCCCUUCCCAAAGGCAAGGGAAUCAAGCUGACAAUCAUCGAGGAAGCCAGGAAGAGGGCGGCUGCAGCCCAAGCUGCUGCUUAAAGAGUAUUUUGAAGUUUUAAGGGUAGACGUCUAGGUGUGGCUAUCUCUCUAUCUAAAUCGUUCCUGGUGCUGGGUAAACUUUAGCUGUGGAUUAAAACUUGAUUAGCUUGGAUGAGAGUUGCUAUGUCGUUAUCUGUUUUGAGAAUAUUUUACCUGCUACUCUUUUUAUAGUUUCAUAUGUUACAAAGUCGGUCAUAUUCGCCAUUUUUCUUCCAAGGUCUAUUGUGUGUACGUUGUCCUUGCUACAAAGUAACAUCUUCAUGUUCUUAUAAUGUUUUAGGCUACACAAUUACAGGCUAAGAAAGCCGCGAAGUCCUAAGGAGGGUAAACUCCCUCCAACCAACACCUUCCUGCUUCAACGGUUUCCACCAAUUAAUUGGUCAAUUACAUAAUUGGUCAUUGAUCAAGUUCUUUCUCCUGGAAUAGUACAUAGAAAAAUUGAAGGGUUCAUAUCAUAGUCAUUUUUCACUUUAGGUAAUAUUGGGAGAUCGAGUGAUUUAAUGCUUGCAUAUGGAUUAAAAAGCUUGUACAUAUUAGCUUAUUGAGUUCUAUGCAAAUGUGUAAAAUGUAAGGAUUGUGAAAUUGUAUCUUGAAUAGUCAUUGGUAGGAUAUUUUGUACUAAAAUUGUGAUUAAAUU